UUGUAGUCUUAAAAUAGACCGGCUGGAUAUGUCUCACAAUGAGGAUAAACUCUAUCCAUGGGUUGAUAUCAACCCAAUUACCUCCUACCACUCACAGGGACAUUCGUUUUUGGAUAGAAGCACCAAAAUUAUGGUUUCAGACCAGGCACAAGAACCCCAAAUGAGCAUCAUUGAUGUUCCUAAGGUGGGAGCUCAAAGCAGGGUUACCUGUAAAGUGAAAUAUACAUGUUCUUCUGCUCCUCCUGCCCUGUCUCUGAAUGGCAUUCCUGGAACAGACCGCACCAUUGACUCCUUGUUGUCAGACGGCAUUUGGGAAAGAACAAUAGAACGAACUUGGAAUGUAGAAGAAGACCACAAGAAGGUGGAGUGCACUGUGAGAUAUCCUGGUGGACAAAGUGCCAAAAGUGAGCUCCUCCUGCAUGUUGAAUCUUUCCGCGUCCUGGCUGCUGACGUCCCUCGCAGAUUCAAUGCCUUGACUCGGUCCUGUGUGGUCAUCCCCUGCAGUUUCCAGGAUGACGAGGAUCAGCCCCUGACUCGUGGCAUCUGGUACAAAAAAACUGGGGGUCUGGUGUACCACAAUGCCCGCAGUGAUGUUUUGGACCAGUUCAAGGACCGGACCAAAAUUCUGGGAAACCUGGAUGAAGGAGACUGCUCUUUGGAGAUUGACGACAUAAAACCCUUUGACAACGGCCCUUUCUGUUUCUAUGGAGAGAAAGGAACAAACAAAUACAGAUUUAACAACAGCUGCGUUUUUAUCGUCAUGAAAGCUUCUCCAGAGAAACCAGUGAUGAGUUUAGUUCCAGCUCAAGUGAAUGCUGGUUCAACUGUAAAUGUCUCCUGUUCUGUCAGUCACUCAUGCUCAUCACAUCCUCCAAAGUUUUCAUGGAGUGUCCCUUACGUCAACAACGAGGUUUCAGACACUGAGAUGUCACGAGGUGUCUGGAAGACGACGUCCACCAUCACGUUUGUGGUUGCUGGAGGAGAUGGACAGAGAAACCUGAACUGUACCGCCAUCUUCUGGCGUGGAAAGAAUGAAACCAGGACUUUCAAAUUAAUUGUAGAGGGAACUACGGCGUACCAGAUGCAGAAAGCUAUCCCUGUGGUGAUUCCUGUUGUCAUCUUAGUGCUGAUCCUCUUUGCUGUGCUGCUUGGCAUAUUCUUCUACAGGAAAAGGGAUGUAAACAUCCCCCAUACACCAAAGAUCUCUUUGGGGUAG